CGUAAGCCCUGCGUGCAGAACAUUACACACCACCAAACACACGCCUAAGCACCCAGUCACUAACAGCUAUCCCCCUACACACUCGUAUGGCGCAGGCAAUAAAUCUGUAUAUGGCUCAUUGAAGGGUACGUAUGGACAACCUUGCCCAUUACAUCUACCCCGAUGGAAGCAAGGUCUCCGGCGGCUACGCCGUCCCCCGGUGCUGAGGACAAUCUACAUUCUUCAACGGGGAUGCAGGCCAUUUCGGUAUGCGUCCAGUGACAGUUUCCGCCAUCUCAUGGGACCACAUGGAAACUUCCACGCGGCGUUCCAUACAUAUAUUCUGACUCACGGCGUUCUUCUGGUUCUCUCGUCGAUUCCCCCGAUAGGACCCAACCAGUAUGGCCAAGUUUCAGUUCUACAACCCUGAACAAUUCAUUAGCCUAGUUAACUUGCUAUCUCUGCGCAACGGUGGCCAACUCCAACCGAGCAACAAGGAGGAAGAGGAACACGAAGACGAUAAACUUUGUGGGGACGACUCAACUGUUUGGAGUGGUAAGGAAGACGAAUUCAAGCAGCGCUUCUUGGACAGGUUCGCGGAGAUAAUGUUGAGAUUUAAGAGCAGGAAACAUGUCUGCUCUGUAGCGCUCCGCGAGUCCAGAGAUCAAUGCCUCAACGGGGACGUCAAGAUUUCCCUCUUUGUUGCUCGUGAUGUUAAUUUCGAGCAUGUGGAUGAAAAAUUCCGUCGCAGGCUUGAAAAGCUGCUUGCCGCUAUCGGCGCAUCGGUUUACGAAGAACAAAACGAUAUAUCUGCGGUCAAGCAGGAGCUUUGGGAGGAAUUGCUACGUUUUUACCAACCUCGACUUGAUUUUUAUGCGGAUAGGUUGCGCGACAAUUUGAAGGCAUUCAAAGCCGCCGGAUCCCUGGACAGCAUUCCCCUUUACACCCCUCAGCCACAGAGUGAUUAUUCUGAACAGAGAACCUUCUGGGACGAAUCUUGUGUUGGUCCUUACUCAGAGGCUACUCAUGACGACUACAUGAAACUUGCACAGAAGCAUAUCCUCGAACUGGAUACCAUUCUUUGCACUGGAGACAGAGCCACUCAGCGACGCCUACUCGCUGAGCACACCUAUUCCGUCCGACGUGCGAAAUCUCUCAGGAUACUUAUCAAUUCCUGCCCCAACUUCUCCGCCGGGCAUAGGCUUCUCUCGGACAUCCUCUUCUUGGGUCAUCUGAUGUCCUGCUAUUAUACACUCGUGGAAGCGGCGCUCAAUGUUCCCGGAUUUGCACAUCUAUCCAUCAUUUUUGUGAAGAGCCCGGCACCUCGUAACUGUCCAGCCGCUUUGCCGCCUUUGGCAAAUGCGAUGGAAUUCUUUGGUCAGACCUUGAAUCCAACCUCAGUGAAGAAAUUCAUCAGCGAAAAGUUGGACGUCAUCAGUGCGGAACGCGCUUUCAAGCAGCUUCAAGAUACCAUUUCUCGGAAACAUCUCCCAACCCAUGCGGAACUUCAACUCGUCUUUCAUAUCAUAAGGACGGUGGAUAUCGACACCGUGAACAGGGAAGUAUACCCAUAUAUUGGAUGCAGCAAGUUGUCCUGCUUUCUCUGCGCAGCGUUCCUGGAGUCUUUUAAUCACCAUGGCGUUACGUUCACGACUCGUGGCAGUCACGGGAAGAUUUACACGCUGUGGUCCAUCCCGGAUAUGGAUGGGUUGUGCGAAGACAUUGUUGCUUUCCUCCACGCUGCGUUGAUCAGGAUGCUGAACCUCCUCAUCCGCGAGAUGAUGAUGCCUGUGAUGAUAGCUGCUCAUGUUGCCGAGUCACCGGCUGGAGUUACGGAUUGUAAUCCCCAACCACCUUUCAUGCGUCAAUAUCACCGAAAUCCGGCUGCUCAACGUGAGUUCGAUUUCCUCAGGGCAGGUGCACCGGAGAAUUUGAUCAGGAAUUUUGGUCCAGUCGAAGUGGGAACCCGCGAUGCACUCAGAGCUCUUGAGCAUCGCAAAACCCCUGGGCUCUCCGGUGAAUGUAGACAUUGCGAGCGAGAGACAGCAAGGAAAUGCUCUAGAUGUCGUGGCCCAUGGAUGUGCAGCGAACGCUGCGAGAACGAGUGCUACUAUGGACAUACUUCCGAGUGCGCCAUGGGUCGACCCGACACUGCCGACCACCUCGUUCGGGCCUGCCGGACACUCUGGUUGGGUUACCUUGAUGACGACACUCGGCAAGAUUUCGGAUUCACAAAGUGUUCGUCGGUCUACGAUGUAGAGAGACUCUUUGGCCUGUAUGUUGGCCUCACCCUUUCUCUGGGAGUUGAAAGCCGGGAGUUGCGUAAGUGGCAAAAGGAAGGCACGUUGACAGAAAAUAUAAUGGCCAAGUAUGAAGCGAUUCCGGAGAAUCGUCACAGCGAGUGUUAUCGAUGGUUCCAUAAGACCUUCGGCGUGUUCAACUCACGAAGCGGACCCCCCAACCUCGAGCUCCUGAAGAUUGCCAGGCCGUAUCUCAAACCGGCGGAUAGGGGCAGGGAAUUCCACCAAUUGGUACCGGUGGAGAAACGCAACUCAUUCCUGCUCUAUGGUCUGUUACUGAACGAAUACCAUCCAAAUCCUAGUCUGCCCUUGUGCAAUGACUUAUAUUUCGAGUUUGGUUUCGUGACUGGUCGUGGCCUCGAGGGCGAGGAGGUCUUACCUGGGGUGUAUAGGAGUCUUAUCUCUAGAUGCUCUUUCACGGAGUUUUGGACCGCGUUUCAAUCCAACAACCUCAUUGGGUUGAUGGAUGAAAAGGGGCUUGGACCCGAACGCAAGAAAGUCCUGCAUUUCGAGGACUUUAUGAAAAUCAAGCGCAACUAUCCGCGGCCUAGUGUGUGGCGCCUCAGACACUUCGUUCACUCGCAGGAUGUGGACCCUCCGCUAUCUGUCUUUAUGGACUACGGGUUUUUCAACUGCAUUACAGUUGGAGAGGUAUUCUCUCUCAAAGAGGUGUAUCAAGAGCUCCUCGAGUCUCCAAGGGUCGACCCCAUGGAAUUGCACGCGGCUUGUAUCAAGGGUAACCUAUACAAUUUCGCUCGCAGACAUAACCCGAACCUCGAGCAGAGGUUCAAGACGCUGAUGACCAACAUUUACCCACUACGUAACAAUACGCAGUGGGCAGUCGCGUCCCCAAGUUUUCUUUUGUUCUUGGUUCUCUUCUUCGUUUCGGUUUCAUUUACGAAUCUUUGGAGUACACUCAUGUUCUUGGUUUUCUCUUUCCUUUCGAUUCUAUUUAGGUGCCUUUGGGGCACACUCAAGCUCUUGGUUGCCCUCGCUUUCCUUUCGAUUCUAUUUACGUGCCUUUGGGGUAUACUCAUGCUCUUGGUUGCCUUCUCUUUCCUUUCGAUUCUACUUCAAGUUUAACGUACCUUCCGGGCCGA